GUACAUCAGAAGAUUGUCAUCUCACAUCCCGCUGCCCACUGCAAAUCCUACCUCCGACCUCCCCUUCAGUCUUGCACAGAUGUACCGGCUCCUCCCCUUCAGUCUUGCACAGGUGUACCGGCUCCUCCCCUUCAGUCUUGCACAGGUGUACCGGCUCCUCCCCUUCAGUCUUGCACAGGUGUACCGGCUCCUCCCCUUCAGUCUUGCACAGGUGUACCGGCUCCUCCCCUUCAGUCUUGCACAGGUGUACCGACUCCUCCCCUUCAGUCUUGCACAGGUGUACCGGCUCCUCCCCUUCAGUCUUGCACAGAUGUACUGACCCCUCCCCUCCAGUCUUCAUGACUUUCCCUGGCCCCGCCCCUCUCAUUCAUUGGAUUUCCAUUCUGCCGAUCAUGGAGGCUCAGCAUGAUGGGUGUCUUCAUGCAAAAUCAACCUGCCUGGGAACACCUACUCCUCCAGACUGAUACCCACCCAUCAAGGCAUU